UGUAGUCGUAAAAACCGCCAUAAAACAAAUUAAAUUCGAUCUUUAUUACAUUUUCAUUAAUGAUUUGUAUUUAUUGAAAAUUAUUUUUCGGAUUACGCGUUGCAUUAUGAAGGUUCUUUGUAUUGUUGCAGUAGUAUCAGCAAUAGUGCUAACCGAAGCAGGUCGUCUGAGGCAGAAUUCGCCAAAAUUGAUGGUAUAUGAAAUCAGAGAGCGCGAAGAUGGUAGCGGCCCUGAUGUCCAGAUGCUCAAAGUCCCUGGCGACGUUCUCUACAAGACCAUAAGCAGUCUCCAAGAACCGGCUGAAGAAGAAGAAGAUACUGGGCUUGAUGUCCAUAAACUGCUAUUAACGCUACUGAAUAAACCAAAAGUGAACAAAAAGAGGGAAAAACAAAGGAGUACGUUGCAAGCGCUGAAGAACUUAGUUAAGAAACUCGAGAAAGAAUACGAGCUCGGCGACGUCAUUCAGACGAAUGAUAAAAAUAGUAAUGAUGAUGACGAAAAUUCCAAUUAUUUCCAAUUGCCUCAAGGACUACAGAAAGUGCAAGCAAAACCCGAAAAACAGAAUAAUCCCUUAGUGUCGCUUCCUCUGCAAAUUGCACUACGAUCGAGAGUUGAAGAUGAAGACCGCGACGAUGACGAUAUGAGCUCUGGAGAUGAUAGAACUAUGCCGCCGCGUGUCAGCGCUCCAGGAAGAUACGCGAUAGAUUAUGAAUAAUCAUUUCUAUUACAUAAAUAAAAUCAACGUCUAUUGGAAAUGUCAACAUAGUUCUAGUAUUUAUGUUACAACUUUUUAAGCCUUUUAUUAACUUAAUAUGGUGCAAUUUCAAACAACAUAUUGGAAAUAAUAUUUAGACCUACCGAUACUUCGAAGAAAGGUAACAAAACGUGAAAAUGGACAACCUCGGUAGUCAAAGUCAAAUAAUCAUUUAUUCCUUAGGUAACAUUUUUGCACUUGAAAACGUCAUUUUUAAGCUACUGCUCGUUCACUACG